AAACCCAAAAAAAACCCCAAAAAGGCGACUCAAACUCCCCAUCGACUAUUCACUUUUUCUGGCCAAUAUGGCCGACGAACGGGCGCCGGACCCCCACCAUCUUCCUCCUUACCCUCUACCGGUUCCAUCGACCUAUGGCACGCAUGCAACAGCCACCGGAAACACCACAGCCGCCGCUGCAAAAGCCGGUGCAGUUCAGCCAUUUUUUAUGGUGUCUACAUGUCUCCUUCAAGGUUUCAACCCUUCCCAGCUUCUUCCUCCCAUUGAGACGCUCCUAGGGAACCAAUUUUCAGGCUCAUCCGCUACUGGAAUCGACCCCGCGCUGACUGCGAUCACGGCGGGUCUUCCACCUGGGUUGUCCUCCGAUCCGGUGGUUCCCGGCCAACCCAGCGACCCCAGUUCCAGCUUCAUGUAUUCCUUACCUCUUCAGGACACUUCUGGGGUCCCUCUCACUGCCUUGGACCCUUUCUCACAGCCCUUAAAUGUUGGCCAUAAUGUUUUAGCUUCUACAGCUCGAUUUUCUUCAUGCACGCCAAGUGUUUGUGAAAAUGUUUCAAAGGAAAACGUUUCUUCUAUGAUUGAUUUCCUGAAGAUUAAGGUCCCUCUUACAGCAUUUAUUCAUUUUAAUUGGAAGAAUAUUGAUGGUGCCAUAAUCAAAGGGCUGGUGGAUUCGGAUUAUGCCAUGUUGCAUGUCCCAUUGUCUUCCUUUUCGCAAUAUAAGUGCAUGGCUGUACCUGGUGUUAUUGUUGUUGCCUUAAUUGGACCAAAUGGAGCUGCAUAUGGUCAGCCCCCAGCUGAGGAGAUACUCAAGCCCAUUACCUAUCCUCACUUCUUCCAACCACUUAACUUGGGAUCUUCUUUGGCCAAGGAUAUUACACAGGAGGUACUGGUUUCCAAGGUUACUGUCCAUGAUGCAAAUGAUACCGUUAAUGAGGUGUUUGCCAUGGUCUCACAACUUCCUCCCUUCAGCCCUCCAAAUGUGCGCAUGGCCAAACCACCUUUGGCUGGGCAUAAUGAGGCUAUGAACAUGGCAUCUCAUGGCACAUCCACGCUGCAUGAAGCUCCGGUUAAUACUAUGGGUGUGGCCACCAUUGCGCAUGCCAACAAAUCUUUGAAGAAGAAUCCAAGUAUUUUAGGCCCUAGCCCAUCUCAGCCUAUUUCACAACCAAGGCAAGCGGUUACCUUUGCCCCUACUAUUGCUGCUUCUAAAGGUCACCAAGGGGCCCCCUCACGGAAACUAGCUGCUACUGCCCCCCCAUCGUGGUAUGGCAGUAGCUGUGGCUCCCCAAGCAACACGGUCAUGAGGACAAUCCAACGCACCCAAAACUUCCUUUGCACAAGCCGUGGACAGAUUCAGUUCAAUGGGCAAUACCCUAUGAGGCUAUUCAGAUGGUCUCCAAACUUUAAUGUGAAAACUGAACCUUCCAUUGCCCUGGUUUGGGUGACGUUUCCUAAUUUAAGGGCUGAUUUAUUUAAUGUUAGUGCUAUCACCCAGCUUUUCAAACCUAUUGGAAGGUGUUUAAAAGUUGACCUAGCCACGACCACUUUCACUCGCCCCGAUAUUGCUGAAGCUCAGGUGGAGGAUGAUUUGUUGAAGCCCACACUUGAGCAAAUUUGGAUUGGCUUUCCUGAUGAUCCUGGCGAGGAGGAUGUGGGCAUGCUCGAGAUAGUGGAAUAUGAGUGCAUUCCAAAGUACUACACGGCCUCUUUUAAACAGGGUCACAACAACACUUCGUGCAAUACUUUCAUUUCUAGUCAGCCUGAUGAGAGGGCAGUUGUUGUAGUUCCCCAACCUUCCACGACUGCACCUAUGACUACCCAACCUUCUCGCCAGAGGGGAAGUAGGAGUAGGGGCAGGCGUCAAAGAGAGGGGAAAGGUAUUGCUAUUGGUGAUGCAGGUGCCGGUGCAGGUGGCUCCCAGCGAGAGGAGUCACAGUAUGUUUGGAGAGAACAAACGGCAAAAGGGUCUAGACCUAUAGAGGCCGUGGAUCUUGAUGGUUUAGGUAAGGGGGAGGGCUCCUCAUCCAGCUUACAGGUCUUUGUGCCCACUUCUUUGCAUCACUCCCCAAACGUUGUUGUACCUGAUGCUAGUUUGAUUGUUUAUACUGUUCACGCCACUACUCCCAUACCUGUUGUGGUUGAACAGUCGGCGUCUUUGACUCUUGAGCCAUCUGUUCCUCCUACCAGAGUUGAGCAUGGCUCCGUUGUUGUUUCUCUUGCUCUUUCUACUUCUUCCCCUUCUCUUACUGUCCAUGUUGUCCAUGUUCCUGAUCCUCAACCUCUAAAACUUGCUCUUACCGUGUCUAAUACUUUUGAUGCUCUAGGGGAACUGCCUGGGGACAGUCAUGAGGUUUGUGGAUUUAAUACUACCGCAUCAUUGGUUCCUUAUAAUUCGGUAGGGGCGGGGGAUAAUGGGUAUAGCUCGCAGACUAGUGACGGGUCCACGGGUGAUCAUUUUGAGGAUCCCACUUACAUUGCCCGGGAUCUUGCACCGAGUGGCGUCUCCCCUGCAAGGGAGGCUCCGACUACAAGAGGUGAACAAAAGAAGAAGGGGAUUGCACUCAAGGCUACCUCAAGCGAUGAGGACAACGAGUUCGGGCUCGUCAUCAAAAAGUUCCACAAGUUCAUGCGAAAAGAGUAUGAACGAAAGGGCAAAAAGCAAGGAGGACCACCCAAGUGCUAUGGGUGUGGAGAAGUUAGGCACAUCAAGCCAAAAUGCCCAAAUGCCAAAAACGAGAAGGAGAAGAAACUGUUCAAGAAGCACCGAGCUUACAUUUCAUGGGGAGGUGAUUCCGUCGAUGAGUCAUCGGAAGUCGAAGAGAAUGCGCUAACCUUUGCCUCAUGGCACACGAGGAACCACCGAAGAGAUUCGUUGGAGAACAUCUAUCUCAACAACAAUGACGAAGUAGACAACUCAAAGGAAAGCCAAGAUGAAGUAGUAGAACCACCCGUAAACGAGGAACAAUCACAAGAGGAGGAAACGCCAAUGCCAAGGGCAUGAAGGACUUCAAAGAACCAUCCUCUUGACAAGGCAUCAUUGGGUGUUAGUUGUAAUACGCUUGUUAGAAAACAAAGUGUAUUUUUUAACUCACUUAAGGGGACGUAAGGGCAUAAGCUAAUGAAAGUGAAGACUUUCGUAUACGAGUAAGUAUUAAUAUGAGUUUUAUUAAAAAAUAUUGAUGAAAUUUUUUAUUUGUUAAGAAAUUUAUUUCCUAUUG